AUGGUGGGGAAGGCCAAGCGCCCGCGGCUCCACCGCGCCGCCCCCCGGCCCUGGCCCGCUCGGGAUCCGCCGCCGCUCCCCGAGCCCGGCCCCGGCCCCGGCCCCGCUGCGGGCGGCUGGAGCGCGGCAGGCGGCAAGGACUGGGACUUCUCAUCUUCUGGUGUCUUCUCUGGGCUGAAGAUUGACCCUGAUACUCUAGUAAAGAAGCUUGACUUGGACUCCAGAAGCAUCAUUUCUUCCAGAACAGGUUUAGAAGAAAAAACGGUUCUUUCCAAAAAAGAAAAAAUGAAGCUGAGGAAAGAAAGAUGGCUACAGAAAAUAGAAAGUGUGAAGCUGGCCAAGCAGAAGCAAAAAGCCGAAGCAAAGCGGAAAGCAACACCUGUGGUGGGAGACAUGCAGCCGUUGAUGGAAGCCCUACCUGAGCUCUCCGACCUGACCGCAGGUGGCAGGGGCAGGAGGCCACCCAAGAGCCAUGUAAAAGCAAAGGCAGAACCAGCAGACUUCUGUCUGAUGAAACAAGCUCAGAAACACCGGCUCUUAGAGGAGGAAGUGGCUCGGUUUCACGAGGUCAUCACCGAUCCCAGGUACAGAGCCAACCCCCUCACGGCCAUCAGCGAGCAUCUCUCCAAGAGGCUGAGGCAGGAGGAAGAAGGUAAACCCCUCUAGGGUGUCAGCUGCGACCAAACGUGCACGCUGGAGCUGGUGCGAGGGCUCCAGGCUGCAAAGGAGCACAUCACUAACGUGACCUCUCAGCCACUUCAGUCCUUGGAAGCAGUUCAGCAGAUUAUUAAAUCCAACAGUCCUGUUUUCUGUCUGCAGGAAUAACGCAGUUCUCUCCUGACAGUGGCAGCUGCUCCUUGGCAAGCAGCCUGCAGAGAGCAGGGUUUUCUGCGAGAUCUUUGUGCGGACAUUAAGCUCCCUGCAAAGUGUCUUGACACCUUUUCUCUUCUUGUGAGCAGGCACAAUUUCUUAAAUUGUGCCAGUGGCAAUGUAUCUGUUUCCUGACGUUUCCCUCCCCUUUCUGACGACUCUGAAAAGGAAUUCCCUAUUGCUCGGUUGAGCUGGUUCAAGACCCCAAGCCCUGGAGCCCAGAAGGCUGUUGCAGAUCUGUGUAAGAACCGAUGCUGCUGUUCAGAGACAUUGUUUUAUGUGAGAAAUUUAGCUUUGGAAUAAACACACUUUGACACAA